AUGAACGCAGCACCUCCAGCGCAUGAGCAGCUCAAGAAGAGCAACAAGAGGCACCACACGCCAGAGGUGGGCGAAAGCCAUCCCACGCACGAUGCCACUCUCCACAUCCCCGCAUUCGAGAGCCCCUCGCAUUCGCUGGAGAAGGUGGCGCAAUCCGAAGAUGUUGCCAACUCGGCAUCGUACUUGAUCCGAAACGACAUCGAGAUGGUCGUGGAUGAAGACGAAGAGACAAGGGAGGAGGCCGCAUCCAAGGAAUCGGGUCACCCCACGCCGUUCAUCCAGCAACGCGACCACAAGCUGAAGGACAUCGCGCGCACUUUCCGAUCUGAAGACUGGGCCGGCUUGGGAGAUGACCAGCUGGCCAUCCGCAAGUAUACCGGCGGCCUCUCCAACAAGCUCUACCGGUGCACAUCGCUCGUCGACCCUCAUCAGAAGAUCCUCAUCAGGGUCACCGGCAGCUCCACCCAAGAGGACGGGAGUGACGUGUCGCUGGCGGAUCGGGAUGGCGAACUGCUGGUCUUCCAGGCGGUGUACAAGGCCGGCCUCGGCCCCAAGUUCUAUGGCAAGUACAAGAACGGCUGUGUCUACGGGCACGUUGACGGUGUGCAGCUGACCAUCGAGGAAGUGCACAAGCCCGAGUACGCUGCGCUCAUUGCGAAGAGGCUGGCGCAGUGGCACGCAAAGAUGGAGAUUCCCGACGUAGCCAGGGAGCCAGCCUGGUCUCUGCUCGUGCGGAAGUGGCUCGACCUCAUUCCCAAGAACGACCUCUCGCACGUACAGCGGGAAGAGCAGAAGGAGGAGUGGGCUGCGCUGGGUAUUGAUGUGGUCAAGGAGAUGGACGAGCUGGAGGCCAUGCUGGCUUCGCUCAAUACACCGGUCACAUUUUGUCACAACGACGUCCAGCCGAUGAACUGCAUCUACGACAAGGAGUCCAACACCGUCGGUUUCAUCGAGGGGUGGGACCUGGGUAAUCACUUCUGCGAGCACACCGGCUUCGACCUGGACUGGACCAAGUUUCCAUCGCGCGAGAAGCAAAUGUUCUUCCUCACCCGAUAUCUGGAGGCGUUCCUCGAGCGUCAGCCUACAGAGCUGGAACUUGAGCGUGCCUACGUGGAGGCCAACAAGUUCACGCUCGCGUCGCACCUCUACUGGGGCAUCUGGGGCCUCGCGCAGGCCAAGGUGUCCGACAUCGACUACGACUUCUUCCAGUACUCGCUCCGACGGCUCACCAUGUACACCAAGACCAAGGCCGCCCUCUACACCCUCCCCAUGCCCCAAGCCUGA